AGCCAGAUGGGAGCGGAGCUUUUCAGAACGCGUUUUGGGCCUCGUCGGUUGCCGUAAGAAGCGCCGGCCGUGGCGGCGCCACGUCCCUUGCCGCGGAGGGAAGGGGGUCAGUUGGGCCUCGGGGCGGGUGGUCAUGGCCUUUACGCUGUACUCGCUGCUGCAGGCGGCCCUACUCUGCGUCAAUGCCAUCGCCGUGCUACACGAGGAGCGAUUCCUCAAGAACAUUGGCUGGGGAACAGACCAGGGAAUUGGUGGAUUCGGAGAAGAGCCAGGAAUUAAAUCUCAGCUAAUGAACCUUAUUCGAUCUGUGAGAACUGUGAUGAGAGUGCCAUUGAUAAUAGUAAACUCAAUUGCAAUUGUAUUACUUUUACUAUUUGGGUGAAGAUCAAUGGGGGAAAUGGAGACUCAGGAGAAGAGCUGCCAGCAGAAGUUAUUACUUCAGUCUUUAUUGGAAUAUACGUAUCUUAGCUGGCUGACCUUGGACUUGACAAAAAUGUAAACCUGCCAAUAAAACCAGAGUCCCUAUUUAUCUGAUUUUUUUAAAUGUUGCACUUAUAGUUUUAUUGCAAAAAGAUCAGAUCAUCAGAGGCCAGAUUGGAAUACAUUUGAUUGCUGACUGCUGAUAAAAGUUCAUGCUAUGGUAAAGAUUGUUAAAAGGGUGCAGGAUUGUCACUUCUGUGUUUUUAGAGGUUUCUUUCUUUGACUUCUCAGGGAUGAAUUUUUUUUUCAAAGUUCCUUUGUGACUUAUCUAUGAUGUGAGAAUGAUUAUUCUCCUAGAUAAAAUUUAAAGGAUUUUUAAAAUAUAAAAUGUUAGAUAGGAAAUUUGGAUUAUUUUAUUUUGAACUCUUUGGUUAAAUAUUUUAUCUGUAUACUGUCUCAGCUAUGAAAAAUUCAAAUUCAUAGUAACUAUUGAAGAGCAAUACUCUGAUUUCUGGGAGAAUUCUAAUUUUGUAAGUUGGUUAGUCACAUGAUGAUUGUGUUUUUAAGUCUUAAGUUCUUUUCAUGCGUUUGUUAUUUUAUUAAUUGGCCUGAGUGAUGAGACCAGGUCAGUAUCUACAUAUUUCCAUAGGUAAAAAAAAAUCCGUAUAGAAAAGACUAUGCCCUUUUUAACAAUGAUGACUUAUUUUUUAAAAUCAGCAUAAAUAGCAGCCUGCAGGAGCAAUCCUAAACAAUCACCAUUAAACCAUACUACGUAAGAAGACUUUGUUGUGAAGCAUUUACCUCCCCAAAUUAUCACAUUUCCGUUUCUUGGAGUAGCACAUUAAGGGGUGUGAUUUGUAAUUCUUCAUUCUGUCAGUCAGUAGAGCAUUCAUGGUGGAUAAAUUGUCUUUUGUUUUUUUAUGUCUUAGACCAUCCCAUAUUUGCUUAUCCCAUAAUACUGUUUUAUGCAGAAAGAUUAAAACAAUGUAAAUGGUUUUUCUGGGAAGUAUUAGUUAUAAUAUUUUAAAGGGGGUGGAAUGGAAUCUUUGUCUGUAGGAGAACUUUAUUUGUAAAUAAAGUUCAAUUUCCAAGUCAAA